AUGUACCUGCACCCGGAGGCUGCCAGCGCAGGGACCCCCUCCCGCGACGUCCUCCUGGUCUCAGCCAUCAUCACCGUCAGCCUUAGCGUCACCAUCGUCCUCUGCGGGAUCUGCCAGUGGUGCCAGCGGAAAAUGGGAAAGCGUUACAAGACUUCCCUGGAGACUGUGGGAACUCCAGAUUCCAGCCGAGGCCGCAGUGAAAAGAAAACCAUCAACGAUCUAGACAGAGACUUUUGGAAUAACAAUGACAACACAGUGCAGCAGAAAUGGAGCUCCUACCCUCCCAAGGAAUUUAUCCUAAACAUUUCUCCUUACGCUCCGUACGGUGAUCCGCGCCUUUCCCUCAAUGGCUCUCUGUUAUCAGGGGCCAAGCUGACGGCGUCGGCCGCCGCCGGGCUGUCCGGGGACCGCGACGGCCGGCCCGGGGACAAGCAGCGGCUCGGCGAGGAUGGAAUGAGGAGCAGCGUGUCCGCCCACAGCGAGCCCGGAGCGGGAAAGGCGGCACGGGGCCGCUGGCACACGGUGCAGAGCCACUUGGCCGCAGGGAAGCUCAGCCUGUCCAAUUUCGAGGACUCCACCCUGUCCACAGCCACUACCCUUGAGUAUAUCCCCACCUCAGCAGGCGAUCCCAAAUUCCAGAGGCCCCGCACGCUCGUGCGCCAGCAAAGUCUGCAGCAGCCCCUGAGCCAGCACCAGCGCGCCAACCACAGCCAGCCCACCACCAGCCAGAGCCUGGGCCACCUCCAGGCCCACAGCGGCUCCUCCGCCGCCGCCAACUCCCGGGGCUCCCGCGGCGGCGGCCCGGCGCGCCAGGGCACCUCCGCCGGCUCCAAGCAACGGAUGGCCGGGGGCAGGAGCCGCUCCAACCCCGGCAGCUGGGACCACGUGGUGGGGCAAAUCCGCAACCGCGGCUUGGACAUGAAGUCAUUCCUGGAAGGCCGGAUGGUGGUGUUAUCCCUGGUUUUGGGACUCUCAGAGCAAGAUGACUUUGCCAAUAUUCCCGACCUGCAACCCGCUGGGACGCAGCCGAACCAGGCGAACGCUCAGGGGGACAAGAGGUUGCCGGCCGGUGGGAAGGCUGGGAACGCGGCAUCGACACCAGGGCAGCCGCCACACGAUGAGUCCGACCGCAAGACGGAGCCGCACUCCUCCGUCUCCGACCUGGUCAACUCCCUGACCAGCGAGAUGCUCAUGCUCUCCCCGGGCUCCGAGGAUGACGAGGGCCACGAAGGCGUCAGCCGGGAGAACCUGGGUCGCAUCCAGUUCAGCGUCGGCUACAACUUCCAGGAGUCCACCCUGACCGUGAAGAUCAUGAAGGCGCAGGAGCUGCCGGCCAAGGACUUCAGCGGCACCAGUGACCCUUUCGUCAAGAUCUACCUGCUCCCUGACAAGAAGCACAAGCUGGAGACCAAGGUCAAGAGGAAGAACCUCAACCCGCACUGGAACGAGACCUUCCUCUUUGAAGGGUUUCCCUAUGAGAAGGUGGUGCAGCGGGUGCUGUACCUCCAGGUCCUGGACUACGACCGCUUCAGCCGCAAUGAUCCCAUUGGAGAGGUGUCCAUCCCUCUCAACAAGGUGGACCUGACCCAGAUGCAGACCUUCUGGAAGGACCUGAAGCCUUGCAGUGAUGGCAGUGGAAGCCGCGGGGAACUGCUGCUGUCGCUGUGCUACAAUCCCUCGGCCAAUUCCAUCGUGGUGAACAUCAUCAAGGCGAGGAACCUCAAAGCCAUGGACAUCGGGGGCACCUCAGAUCCCUACGUGAAGGUGUGGCUGAUGUACAAAGACAAGCGGGUGGAGAAGAAGAAGACGGUGGUGAUGAAGCGGUGCCUGAACCCUGUCUUCAACGAGUCCUUCGCCUUCGACAUCCCCACGGAGCGGCUGCGCGAGACCACCAUCGUCAUCACCGUCAUGGAUAAGGACAGGCUGAGCCGCAAUGACGUCAUCGGCAAGAUUUACCUGUCCUGGAAGAGCGGUCCCGGCGAGGUGAAGCACUGGAAGGACAUGAUCGCCCGCCCGCGGCAGGCGGUGGCACAGUGGCACCAGCUGAAGGCUUGA